GAAAUAAUUCAUUCAGCAACAUGAGACAAAAGGAGUGAUGUCACUAUGAGGAAGUGAGCGGGAAGUUGAUGCUGUGUUCAUCUCUGAGAGCAAGAACAGAGACUGAGAGAGACAGAGAAGCACGAUGGCUGCAUUCACAUGGAUUCAAAUGUCUUCAUUACUGACACUGAUGCUUCAGUUUAAAGGAACAACUGAGCAACAUCAAACUGUUCAAACUGUCACAGCUGAACGUGGACAUGAUGUUACUCUGCCUUGUAAAAAUGUGAUACAAGGUCAGCAUAACUGUAACAGUACUACCUGGAUCUUCAGUGAUUCAAGCAGCACAGUAACACUCUUUGAAUUUGGGCAGAAUAAAGAAGCCAAACGUAAAUCAGACAGACUGAGUCUUUCUGCAGACUGUUCUCUGGUUAUAAAGAAGGUCACAGAUCAGGAUGUUGGUCAUUACACCUGCAGACAGUUCAAAACAGCAACAGGAUCACAAGAAUAUUCAGACAUUAUGAUCGAUCUGUCUGUUAUUAACAGUGAAGAUGUGAAAACAACAACAUCAACAAUUAAACCAACCGUGAAAAUAAACACAUGGACAACAAAAGAGGAAGUAAAGACAUCGCUGACAACAACAUCAAAUCAACCAGACGGUGAAGAUGUGAAAACAACAAAAUCAACAACAUCAACAAUUAAACCAACCGUGAAAAUAAACACAUUGACAACAAAAGAGGAAGUAAAGACAUCGCUGACAACAACAUCAAAUCAACCAGACGGUGAAGAUGUGAAAACAACUAAAUCAACAACAGUGAAGUUCACCACAAAAACAUCAUCGACAACAAAAUCCACAACAUCAACAAUUAAACCAACCGUGAAAAUAAACACAUGGACAACAAGAGAGGAAUUAAAGACAUCAGCAGGGACACUGACAACAGCACCAAAUAUUCCACCUGGAGGUCAUUCAGGGUUUAUCAUCGUUCCUGUGGGUUUAGCAGCUCUCUUAAUAACUGUUGUGGUGAUCAUCAGAUGGAAGAAAACUAAAGUAAACAAAGCACAACAGAGCGACAACAUGCAACUGAGCUUAAACCCUGCAGACACUGAGUCUGGUCCAGGAACCAAUCAGGAGACGGCUGAUGCUGAUGAUGGUGUUUCCUAUGCCUCCAUCAGCUUCACUAAGAAGACCAAGGAUAAAGCCCGGGCUUGUGGUGAUGAUGAUGACACUGUGACUUAUAGCACUAUGAAAGCUUCCUCCUCACCUGCUGGACUUUCCACUGAUCCCAGCGACCUCUAUUCCACCAUCAACAAACCAAAGAAAUAGGAUGUUUCUCAUGAAAUGUUUCAUGUUGUUUUUCUGGAUGCUGCAUGAAUGCUUGGAUCAUAGAGUAACUUCCUUUUUGUUUUUUUUUUAUGGUGACAUAUAUGGUAUAAUACUUGGUGUAUUUGUGCUGGGGCAACAAUGGUUAUGCUACAGAAUUGCUCAUUUUAAGAUCUCCAUUGUUAAUGUAGUCUAGUGAUAGUUACCUUUAUAUCAAAUUACAUAUCCACAGAAUAUUGUUGUUACAGUUUUUAUUAAUUUGCUGCGUGCCAUUUUUAACAAUACAAAAAGGGCCAUAAAACUAGGCUUGAGAGGUGUAUCUCACUGUAUCCAUGACGAUAUUAAACUUCCUGUUUGUGACAUCCAAAAACAUGACAGCAAAAACACUUAAUAUUCAACUUAAUUUCACAACAAAAGAAAAAAGAAUAUGAGUGUUGAUAACAUGUCUGAUUGUGCACGCCUAGUUUUAAAGAUUAGUGUGAACCAAAAUCCUGAAGUCGUGCAUACUGUUUGUGGGCUUUGAUACUAACAGGCUGACUUUCUUAUUCUGCUGUGCAGACUUGCUUUCCAGUUUCUUGGUAAGUAGAGUUUGAACUUUUCUAGUUUGUGCUAAACUUUCUGUUAUGAAUAUAAUUCCAUGUCCAUUGCAAAUAUGAUCUGUGUUGUUGGAUUGCACAGGUUAAGUAGCUUGAAAUCCAUCUUUUAAGCUGCUUUCAGUGAUUAUUCUAAAAAUAAAUAAUUUGUUGUUAUAAUUUAGUCUCAGUUUUAGAGUUUCAUUUUCUCCAUCAGUGUUUCCUGUAUUUUCCUCUUGUAUCAGCUCCCUAUGUUAAGUUCAUUCAUGUGUUUACAUUUCCCCAUUUAGUUUUGAUUGUCUCCUGUUUUUUUUUAUAUUUUCUUCUCUGGUUAUCCAGCUGUAUCAAUGUUCCAUAAUUACCCUCAUCUACAUUUAAAGUGCUAUACAAAUACAGGCCAUUUACCAUUUUACAUUUAGCAUUGUCUUUCCUUCAGACUUUGUCUUAGUGCUUGUUAUUCUCCCUGUCAGUUCCCAGUUGAUUUUAGACUCCUUUUUUA